AUGCUCGAUAUAGAGACGAACGGCAGGAAUAUCAACCAGAGCCUCGGCAUUUACGUCCUCGAGUUCAUAACACACGGAACUUUUACGGUUCAUACACAGGGUGGAGUUUCUUUUGAAACUCCACCCUGUCCUAGACUUCGUAUCAGACCUACGUCGCAUGGUUCAUACAGGGAAGCCGCGCCACAACGAGAAUCACCACGUUCUCCUACCCUUGCAUACACUGCGCCUACAAACCAGCCGGAAACACCGAUGCGUUACUUUGAUGUGGGAGGAAAGAAAUGUCCGUACUACUUCCAUCAUUGUGACGAUUCAGGAAUGGGAGUCUGGCGACUUGAUCCGCCUCAUCGGUCUUCGGAUACAACAGGAAUUAGGAGGUCCGAGACUCCUCGUCCAAGAGCUCGAGAUAUUCCGUAUAGAAGGCCUGAGGGAACAAGUAAAUUUGGCCGAUAUGUAGAUGGUACUGAACUCAGAGUGAGGGAAUGGCUGGAAGACGUGGCAAGCCAAGAUAUUCCAGAAAGUACGAGCACAAGGGACUUGCGGGCAAGUCAAACGGCUAGGCAAAGUGAUGCGCAAAACAGGGAAGAAGGGUAUCAUUGGAGAAGAGAUAGGAAUCAGUAA